CUCUCACGGCACCUGCUUCCUGCGACCGUGAAUCCGUUUGAUGUUGUCAGAGCAGUCAGGCCGAACAUUCUCGUUCACUUCGUGUUGAAUUGGAUCCGAUACCGACACCUAGACCGUCUAAUGCAAGCGGUGACUGAAAUGUGGGUUGAAAAGCCAAAACCAGUAUUCGAUCUGGGGGUAGAUAGACCGCUAAAGCUUACCAACCUAGUUCUAAAUCGAAACUGUCAGUAUAUAUUUUCAGCCUCAACCACCGCUAUGUUAUAGAAGUGAUUAGAAAUACCAAGCUCGUUAAACGAACGUAUGAUGUUGAAGGGGCCAAUUCCCCUCAAUGCAAGGAUCUCCAGCCAUGACUCUUGGCCCGCAGCUCGAGAGUGUAAGGCAGUAUCCAAGAGCGAGGCGAUUAGUCUUUAGUCUUCAGGUGCGAAUUGUGAAGUCAAUUGUUCCGUUAUCAGAACCAGAUCUAUCCGAAUGUGAAAGACAGGAAAGCACUGGGAUUCCAUUCUUCGACCUACCAUAUAUAAUGAACAAUUUUUGGCUUAAUCUUGUUGUGAUUGAUCUGUUUUACCAAACUGUAUUGUAUCCUAACCCCAUCUUGAUGACUACUUUUAGUGUGUGUGUCUACGUAUACAUUGUGAGAACCCAGCAGACUCCCCGUGCGGCUCAGAAGUGCUACGUGACUGGAUUACUUACGUGA